AGCGUGCGGGCCUGUUUGUGCUUUCAUUACAACUCAAGAGACGACAAAAAGAGGACCGAAAUAUGCCCUCCGUAAGCGGGACACGAGUGUAUUUUCGUUGACUCAGAAGAACUUUGUGACUUUGACUCCGCUGAAGACUGAGACUGCAGUGAAAAAAAAAAGAAAGAAAAAAGACACAACAAAAACAGCUUACAAGUCGUGCAGGUGGUACACGUUGUUGACCGGCGGACCAGAUCACAGCAAGACUCACCCUCCGGACCUUCUCGUCUCACCUGAGCCUGCCUACAAAGAUUAAAAUGUCUGUGGAAAGUUAUUCUGCGCUGGACGAGUCCUCUCUCCGAGCCUUGCUGGAUGGAACCGUGGAUCUGGACGAGAGACGCCUCAUCCGUUCAGCCAUCCGGGAGUUGAGGAGGAGGGAGAUUGAGGACAUGGAGGCCGCUCUGGCCAGCAAGAGAUUUCGACCCACACGCCUCAAGCAGCAGGAGGACAAGGAGAACCAGCACAGAUCAGAAUCCGGCGAUAACUUGGACGUCCUGUCACGAAAACUGCAAUCAAUCCAGGAUAUCGAUGAGCUCACGAAAAUGCUCCGCGCCGCCAGCGAGUAUGAGGAGAGGAAAAUGAUCAGAGCAGCCAUCCGACAAAUCCGAGAAGAACAGCAGCAAGCGACUGUGGAGAGGGUAAAAGCCCCUGGGCGCCGCCCGGAUCCUGAGUGUGUGGAUCCCCAGAGCAGCAUGGGAACUGGAGAGACAGAGCGGGAGAGUCAUAGUGAACGAGAGCGUGUCAGAUCUCAGAUCCGGGAGUUACACGGCCAGCAGACACAACAAAGCAGAGAGUUGCAGAGAAUAGGCUCCAACUCAGGCAUGGUGUUGGUUCUCGAUCACCUGGUGAAGGACGAUGGCUCUGGGCCUCUGCUGAUCCAGCCUCAGAGAGAGGCUGUGACCACAGAGCCUGACCUGGUCCUGUCACACCGUCAAAGGUCAGACUCCUCAGCUUCAGACCGCAGUGUGAGCUCGGUGCUUUCCAAGUCCAAUCUUGAUUCUGUGGCCUCGGAGAAGACUCUGGGCUCAGCCUACAGAGCCCGGCUAGACUCUGGUGCCUCAGACAGGAGCCAGAGUUCCUCCCAGCGGGGUCGGCUAGGCUCUGGGGCAUCAGAGCGAAGCGUCAGCUCCCAGUCCUAUAUCAGACAGAGACUGGGCUCAGAUGUCUCCGACUCUGGCGUCAGACCCCGUUUGGGCUCUGGGGCUUCAGAUAGUGUCGGUCUUUUGUCAAGGAAACGGACUGACUCGGUGACAUCUGACCAGAGCGUGAGUAUGUCCUCUGAGGAGAGGGGUCCAGGGGAGGAAGUGGAGAUAGCAACGAGUGGUUCAACUUACAGCACAGAUUCAGAAACCGAGAGCAGAAGCCAAGGUCCAGCCAGCCUCCAGGCUCAGGCUAACCAGGAUCACAUCGUUGACCAGGAGCAGCCUGAUGGAGCCAUUUUAUCUCGCAGUGAUCCUACAGAUGUUCAGCUCAGUGGCAGCACCAAGGGAAAAACUGACUUCCAGAAACAAAAGAUAACAGUUAACAGGGAUCUUCCCUUCACCCGUGACAAAGCAAAGGACUCUGCACCUGAGAAGAAAAAUGCUGUGUCGGAACAAUUCAACUGCACCAACUCUGUGCGUGACAGAAUGCGCAAGUUCACAGAGCCCAGCCCGAGCCCAAAUGUCACAGCUUUGAAGAAAGCUCCUCUGAGGAAUGGGACAACCCCCGGCAGCAGUGGCCACACAAAUUUCUCCAGAGCUACUGAGCUGUUUACACACACAGCAGCAUCACUCACAACAUCUGGAGACUCCACAUCUCACACCUCUGCCGCAUCUCAGAGUCAGGCCACACCUCAGCCAAGAGGUGGGGCUAACAAACCUCUGUCAUCAACUAGCCAAUCGCAGAACUCCAAGGGCAGGACGAGACAACCAGCUGAAAAAGAUGUGCACGCCUUCAGUAACUCAAAGGAAGACAGGACCCCAGGGAGAGCAGCUGCACAGCAGGUCACCCAGGGAGAGGCAGACCCGGACAUGAAGACUUUCCUCACCAUUGAGAUCAAGGAUGGGCGAGCCACGACCUCCUCUACAUCCUCAUCUAGGGGCAACAUCGUCCCCAUCACGACCAUCACCCCACGCAUCACCCCUAAUGCUCUGGGGCAAAGAGCAGAGUUGACCCUCGGCCUAAGAGCAACGCCAUUCAAAAUCUCCUCAUCCAGCUUCUCCUCUGGAUCCUCCAUAAAGAUGGAGACAGAGCCCGUUAUGGCCUCUGAGCCAGUGUUUUCAGCUGGACCGUCUGUCCAGGUGGCGUGUCAAGUCCCAGCCAUCCCCAACGGCUCCAGCAUUGAAGCUAAACCCGGCGAGCGCUCCGGAAAACUGACUGCGGAACAGCUGGCUGCCAUCGAGGACGAAGAGCUCCUUGACAAAAUGCUCGAUGAGUCAAAAGACUUUGAGGAGAGGAAGAUGAUCCGUGCAGCCAUGAGAGACCUUCGCAAGAGAAAGAGAGAGGUCAUGCUGGGAUGUACUCAGGAGGAAAUAGACCAGAGAGAAAAGGAGCGGGAGACCCGCCUGCAGGAGCUCCGGCAGCAGAGAGAGGAGCGUUCACAGAAAGGUCGCGCUGGGGUGGGAGCAGGAGAAGUGGUAAUGAGGAAAGUGGAGAAGUCAGGAGAUGGCUCCACCCUCAGUCAAGUCACAAAGACCGACCGCUUCGCCCAGUCUGAUGAUGGGAGCAGAUCAACACGCAGCACUGUCGUUGAGGCCAGUUAUGUGCAGAAAACAGACAGAGGGACAGUCCAGUCAAAAUCAUACAGCUACACCUCUUCCAGUUCCUCCUCCUCUUCUAACACAAGCAAAAAAGUGGGCAGCGUCUUUGAUCGCGAGGAUGACACAUCAACUCGCAGCGGCAAUGGAGGGUCGGAGCGAAGGCAGGCGGAGAGGCGCAAGGAGCUGAUGAGGGCUCAGACUCUGCCAAAGACCUCUGCCAUGCAGGCCCGCAAAGCCAUGAUAGAGAAGCUGGAGAAGGAGGGAGGCGGCCCUGGUAAUCAGGCGGUCGCCAAGGUAAACAAGGUGCAGCGCUCCACCAGCUUUGGUGUACCCAACGCAAACUCCAUCAAGCAGAUGCUGCUUGACUGGUGCCGUGCCAAGACCCGCUCAUAUGAGCAUGUGGAUAUUCAGAAUUUUUCAUCCAGUUGGAGCAAUGGCAUGGCGUUUUGUGCCCUGGUGCACAAUUUCUUCCCUGAUGCCUUUGACUACAACUCCCUGAGCCCCAGCAACCGCAGGCAAAACUUUGAGGUGGCCUUCACCACUGCAGAGAAACUAGUGGACUGUCCCCAGCUGUUGGAUGUGGACGACAUGGUGAAGAUGCGCGAGCCAGAUUGGAAGUGUGUGUACACGUAUCUGCAGGAGUUCUACAGGGGCCUGGUGACGAAGGGCCUGGUUAAAACCAAAAACUCCUCCUAGAGUCGCGCCCGACCUAAAACUGAACCCAUGGACACACGCCAACUGCAUGCCUUUGCUGGAAGUGGAGGACAUGAUGAUCAUGGGUAACAAACCCGACUCCAAAUGUGUCUUCACCUACGUACAGUCUCUGGUCAACCACCUGCGCAGAUACGAGAUGUCCAUGGGUCGGCCCUCUGACCUCUGACCUGUGCUCAGUGAGCGCUCAACCUCCAUGUGCACCCCCUUCCCCUUCUUACCUUCACCAGCCCUGACCCUUCCCCCAGCUCCAUCGUCACCUGAUGACUGCCUCCGCUCUGAUAGGCUUGGUCACAGACUCGCACAUCUCCGAUGGACAAGUUGGGGAUAACGUGUGUUUGUGUGUGUGAUUGUGUAUGUGUUUGUGUGUCAGUUUAUCUGUGUCGGCAGUGGUGAUGUGUAUUCAUUAUUUCAGUUCUCUUCGGGACACACAUUGUUAACUCAGAGUCCACCUUUCUCCAGCAAGAGAGCACCAAAGUUUUUAUAAGACUACCUUUUAAGCUUUAAAAUUUUACAUACUUUUUGUACUCAGCUUUGUAUCAGGUAAUAUUUAACAUACAGUAGCUGUGUCAGUACACUAGUGUACUGCAAAACGAGAAAAAAGAGAAAAAAAUGUAUUAAUUCAUAUUAUAUAUUAUAUAUGAUAUAUAUUUAUUAUAUAUCAUA